CGCCGCGCGAUUUAUACAUACAGUACGGUAACGCUUGCAUUUGUCGCUGAAUAGUCAGACACUUGAGUUGCCGGAACGUUGACGGGCGGACCUAUUUCCCACCUUCGAUUUUGAACCAACGUGACCAUGUCGCAAGGAUACCCAGUGACAGCCCAGCCGUACGUCCAUGGCCACACCACCGGCCACACAACCGUGGUGAUGACCACCACGUCACAGGUGAAACAAACCAGGGACUGGUCAUCUGGAAUUUUCGCCUGCUUUGACGACAUAACUACAUGUCUCUGCGGGACGUUCUGCGGUUUGUGCCUGGAGUGCCAAGUGGCCAUGAAGAUGGGUGAACACUGCUGCGUCCCGAUCUGUGUGCCCGCUGCUAUCAUCACCAUGAGGGCGACCAUGAGAGAGAGACACCAUAUCCAGGGCGGGAUUCUCAAUGACUGUUUUAUGUCAUAUUGCUGUGGUCCCUGCGUGCUGUGUCAAGUAGCACGUGAGCUGAAACACACCGGGGAAUGGCAGAUCAACUAAAUGUGGAGAACACGACUCGUCGUCACCAGGAUACCCUGCCAGAAGGCGAUGUGGAGACAUGAGUUUAAACCUCAACUCGCGCUUACUACAUAACCGAAGCUUCUUAUGCAAUUUUAUAACCUCAUCUCCUAUCUGUAUCAUAAAAACAAUUUACAUUUCCGCCCAUGUCACUUUCUAUGUUUGCUUCCCGUAUUUAGAACCAAGGUUCUGUGCUUGACAUCAGCGCCAGUAACGAGGUAUCGCUGUGAGGAGCUUGGUGUUAAUGCAUGACAAUGGCGGAAACAGACCACGCUCAUGGACAGUGCUUAUCCGCGCUAUAGUAUUUAAUGGAGUAACCCAAUAAAUAUGCCACUAAGAUAUUAAUAGCACGUUUCGCAUUUUAAAACUUUUAAUAUACUUUUCUUGGACUGGGAUGAUCCUGGGACCACUCACACUGAAUAGUGAAACACUUUGAAAACACCACAAAACCCAUCGGUGUAAAAUAAUAGACGCUCACCAGGUUUUCUUAGUAUUUAUAAUUUUGUGGAUUUAAAAGAGGUAGAUCUACCCUCUCAAAACUGACAUCAGUGAUAGACAAUUAAACAUAUAUUUUAUUAAUAAUCACUGAUAUUCUUUUUUUAUUUUUAAAAAGAGGUAGAUCUACCCUCUCCAAACUGACAUCAAUGAUAGACAAUUAAACAUAUAUUUUAUUAAUAAUCACUGAUAUCCUUAUUUGGACUCCCAAAGCAGAAUGAAGUAACCAACCCAUUGUGCAGCCUGUAUAUUGUGGUCGGUGCUUGGAUUGAAAUGCUUUCCUUGUUCCUGUGUAAUCCCCACGGCAGUAGUCAAGCACUUGAUCAGUGUCCUCUAUCGCAACCCAACCGUUCUACGCACCCACAGCGUAUACAGUUCUGGGGAAGCUCUAUUGAAUGCACAAUACCAAUCAGCAUACAACAUGUACAAGGGACGACCUUCCACUUCCCAGUGCCUUGGAACGUUUGAGCCCAGAUGUGAUUCAAGGGAGAUAACCGAAAAACCUUUCGCCUUUCGUCAGCCAUUGCCCCGUGGACUUUGGCACUGUGUCAAUCUUGGCUAAGAUCUUUCUUCAGACGUGGAUGGAAUUGGCAAAUGCAGUGCAUGUAUAAAUGUCAUACAAACAUAACCACCACAACCUCUUCUUGUUAAUCCCAUAUUAGUCCUAUUACGUAUUUUUGAACACUAUUCGUUCUCUCUCCAUGUGUGUCUUUACCAUCGGAAGUAUUAAACACCAAGAUCUACAAGUUUCCGUUCUCUGCUGUGCUGAACACUUAGUUAAUUAGUACAACUUAGUACAAAGCGCAUCUUUUAGGAAUAAAAAGGGGAAUAUUUUCGGUGCGAAAUGUAUAAUGUUGGACAAAAUCUUAAUAUUUAAAGGUAUUUAUUAAUGAUAAGCUGUUUCCCAAAAUCAUCCGAAAUAUCCACAAACUUUAGAAUUUCAUUGUUUUAUUCAUUCCGUAUGCUAUAUCUACGUACUCGUAAGAUAUUAAGAAAUGAAACUUGCAUAUCAUGGUGUUUAGUACAUAUUGUUACAUAGUGUUACAUAGAGUAUUUUCUUCUUAUUAUCGUAUUUAGUUCUUCGUCAUGUGUAGCAAGGCGUGGAGAAACUCGCCUUAUAAAAAAAUAAAAUGUGAAAAGGGGGUUCCGAAGAAAGAAAAGAAAAACAACCGAUCUCCGUUUUAAGGCUUUCAAUAAAUCCUGCACAGUGAAAGAUUUUACGUGUGCGUGUACUAAUAAUAUAUAUGUGUCCCACUCGAUUGGGUAUUCAUUUCGUCAUUUCAAUUUGAGUGAAAUAUUUGAAAAAACGUCUAUUAUAUUCUUUGAAAAAUGAUUGCAAUGUAUCAUUGUAAUUAGUAGCUCAUCACAUGAUCAUAUAUUUUCAUAAUAUUUUUCGCAUUUUUAAUAAACCUACAUUCCAAGCUUGA